CCCACAUUACGCCCUCCCAGACGGUCACUAAAACAGCACAGAGAGGAGUGUCUGUUGAGCCAUGAUGUCACCUUGCCAGAGGAAUGCCCUGGGUGCCAUGCUGCUGGUGCUGGUCCAGGGUUGGUCACAAUCUGUAAGUCAGGAGUACGACUACUACAGCUGGCCCUCAGACAACUUCCAGCAUGGACGCUUUUAUACCAAGCAGCCACAGUGCGUGGACAUCCCAGCUGACCUGCAGCUUUGCCACAAUGUGGGCUACAAACGUAUGCGCCUACCUAACCUGCUGGAGCACGAAUCCAUGCCUGAGGUCAAGCAGCAAGCCAGCAGCUGGGUGCCCUUGCUGGCCAAGCGGUGCCAUUCGGACACACAAGUUUUCCUCUGCUCCCUCUUUGCACCUGUCUGUCUUGACCGGCCCAUCUAUCCAUGCCGCUCACUCUGCGAAGUAGUGCGUGACUCCUGUGCUCCUGUCAUGGAAUCCUAUGGCUUCCCCUGGCCUGAGAUGCUCAACUGCAACAAGUUUCCCUUUGACAAUGACUUGUGCAUCACGGUGCAGUUUGGAAACAGCCAGGCAACUCAGCCACCAGUGUCAAAGAUCUGCACCCAGUGUGAGAUGGAGCAUAAAGCAGAUGGCAUAAUGGAGCAGAUGUGUUCCAGUGACUUUGUGGUGAAGAUGCGUAUCAAGGAGAUCAAGAAGGAGAAUGGGGAGAGGCGACUGGUAGCUGCUCAGAAGAAGAAAAAGCUGCUCAAGGUGGGACCACUGAAACGCAAGGAUACCAAGAAGUUAGUGCUGCAUAUGAAGAAUGCGGGUGCCUGCCCUUGCCCACAGCUUGAUGACCUCAGUGGCAGUUUCUUGGUGAUGGGUCGCAAGGUGGGUGGGAGAUUGCUGGUCUUGGCCAUUUAUCGCUGGGAGAAGAAGAACAAAGAAAUGAAAUUUGCUGUCAAAUUCAUGUUUUCUUACCCCUGCUCUAUGCACUAUCCCUUCUUCUAUGGGGCAGAUCCUCACUGAGUUUACUACUUAGUCUGAGAUCCUUGCUCACUCUUCUUCAGAACACAUUCUUCUGUGUUUUCA